ACCUCAAAACCUUUUUUCUUUCCAAACAAAACAUUUGCGCUUUUGAUGAUCGUUAUCUUUUUCUUUUUUGCAUUUUGGUGCCGAAAAUUGUUUUCUAGAAGAGAUAAAUUGUGAACAAAAUACUGCAUUACUUUUGACUUCUUAUCAAAUAUUACCGGGAAGCAAGAAUACAACAUGUCGGAUUCAGAAACAACAGAUUCAGAUUCGGGGAUACGCUUCAAAACUACAUCGACCCGUUACAAAUCGGAGAGUAUGGAGAAACAUUCCUCAUCCUCCCGAUCCAGUCGUUCGGCUGCCUCCAGCAGGAAUCGCCGUAGUCGGGAACGCGAACGAGAUCGUGAUCGCGAUCGAGGGCGUGACCGACGAAGGAGUAGUUUAGAGAGAAGUCGUAGUCAUCGUAGCAGAAGCAGAAGUCGUAGUCGCAGUAGAGAUCGUCGGAAACGCAGAGAAAGAGAUCGCCGAAAUCAUCGUAGUAGAUCACGAUCACGCAGCAGAUCCAGAAAGUCUCCCCGUUCAAGCAGAGGAAAAUCUAGAUCCAGAGAUGAGUCUAGUGUGGAAACCAAGAAUAACAGCCGAGAUUCCGAAAGUGUAGAUUUGAAACCAGCUAAUUCAAAUGCAGUGGAACCUUCCAAAAUAGAAUCUAGUAAAGUGUUAGAUAUAUCGGUGUCUUCACUGUCUUCGCAAGAAGAAACUAUUGAAAAAGAAGAUAUUGCGGCAGAUUAUUUUGGUCCAGCUCUCCCUCCUGCUGUAAAUCAACAGCCAAACAAGGAAACAAAUUCGGUAGCUGAAGAUGACAGUGAUAUGAUUGGUCCAGCACUUCCUCCGCAUCUAAUAAAAAGUAAUCCUAAAGAAGAAGAGAGCACUCGAGUAAUUGGACCAGCACUGCCGGUAGAUUUACCACCACUAGCGGAAACAAAUGUCAGCUCAGAAUCGGAGCUUUCACCGUUUUCCGAAGAGGAACAAUCUGAUGCGGAGGAUGAUGAUUUUAUCGGUCCCAUGCCUGGUGCUUCCAGUUCGCGAUCUCAACUGGAACUGGAACAGAGAGCCCUCGAAAUGAAACUUCGACAUCUGGACAGUGAUCGUUAUGAUUCGAAAACAGCCACCACACAAUCUAGAGAGGAUUGGAUGGUCGAAUUGCCCGAUAUAAGGAAAGUCAGCGACAUGGGCCUAGGCGCUAGGCAGUUUCGCACGCGCGAAAAACUGGAAAUAGGUGACCGCUCAGUGUGGACUGACACACCGACUGAUAGGGAGCGCAAAAAGACGUCGGGCCGUUCAACGAAAGAUUCCCGCGAUCGCGAAGGGGAGGACGAGCGUCGAAAAGCCGCUGAACGCGACCAACAACAGGAAGAGAUGAUUAAGCGCCACAAGAAAAAACAUAAGCGGGACAAAUCGUUGCUUGAGAUACAUCAGAAAAAAGCUAAGGAUGAAAAGAAACAGAAGGAGUACGAUGAGCCCACGCGUAGACCGUUCGAUCGAAACAUUGAUCUGCAUGCGAACCGAUUCGACGAAGCGCAGAAGAAGGCCAUCUUCAAAAAAGCUCAGCUCCUGGAUACGCGAUUUUCAAGUGGGGCAUCCAAAUAUUUAUAAGCCAAGUAGGUAUCUAUCGUCGGAACUGCCAUAAUGGCAGUCUAUCGGUACGCCGGAUGGUAGUUCAGAUCGGUCGCAUAGAUAACAUUAAUGUUAGUUUUAUUAGUUGUUCAAAUUUUAGUUUUUUUUUCUUCAUUUUAAGCAAGCACUGUGAAACAAGCCGACUUGAGGUGCAUCUAUUUGUGUCAUUAACGACACCUUUCACAUUUUCACCAAUAAGUGAAACCAAUUCAAUAAUGAAUUGUUGUGAAUAUGCCCAUUUUAUGUAAGCCAUUGAUUUUACUUUCGAUAAAUUUCCUAUCUAGUGGUUCAACUAUCAAUAAUAUUAGAUUACAAAGUUUUAGUAAUUCCGAA